CAAAACAAACUAAUAAGAUUCUCUCAUAUCUGUUCCCCGACUUCCCCAAUGAAUCCUCUCUUGGCCUUUCUCAAUACUCUAUUUCACCACCCUUAUUAACCUCUUCCUUUGUCUAAUUCCCAUUCAUUCUUAACACUCUUUUGAUCUCUCCUCCUUCUCUCUCCACACCUCCAACCACUCUUUCAAACUUCCAAAUUUCAACUCUUACAACAUAUCAAACAAAAAUUCCAUCAAAUAAUACACACACUUUAGCUGUUGUUGUGCACUUCAAAUUAAUUAAACAUGCUAGUUCCUCAUCCUUCAAUGCUAAUUGCACCUCAAAACACCGUAGAAAAUCAUGACAACAUCAUGGAAGGACAGAAACUACACUUUGAUGGAUCUUUGAUGCCAAACCAAUCCAACAUACCCUCCCAGUUCAUAUGGCCUGAUCAUGAAAAACCAUGCCUAACACCACCAGAACUCCAAAUUCCACCCAUUGACUUGAAGUGCUUUCUCUCAGCAGAUCCACAAGCUUUGUCAACAGUUUGUGCUGAAUUGAGUGAGGCAUGCAAGAAGCAUGGCUUCUUCCUUGUUGUCAACCAUGGAGUUGAUAGCAAGCUCAUAGCUCAAGCUCAUAAGCUCAUAGAUGAUUUCUUCUGCAUGCAACUCUCACAGAAGCAGAAGGCUCAGAGAAAGAUUGGAGAACAUUGUGGCUAUGCUAAUAGCUUCAUUGGAAGAUUCUCCUCCAAACUUCCUUGGAAGGAAACACUUUCUUUCCAUUAUUCUGCAGAUAAAUCCAGAAAAACUGUGGAGGAUUAUUUCCUUAAUGUCAUGGGGGAAGAUUUCAAGCAAUUUGGGAGUGUGUUCCAAGAAUACUGUGAAGCCAUGAGCAAACUCUCUCUUGGGAUAAUGGAGCUUCUGGGGAUGAGCCUAGGAGUUGGCAGGGAAUGUUUCAGAGAUUUCUUCGAAGGAAAUGAGUCGGUUAUGAGGUUGAAUUACUACCCACCAUGCCAAAAACCUGAGUUAGCUUUAGGAACUGGACCUCAUUGUGACCCUACAUCCCUAACCAUUCUCCACCAAGAUCAAGUCGAGGGCCUCCAAGUCUUUGUUGAUGGAAGAUGGUACUCUGUCGCUCCUAAAGAAGAUGCUUUCGUUGUCAAUAUUGGCGACACAUUUAUGGCUCUAUCGAAUGGGAUGUUCAAGAGUUGCUUGCAUAGAGCAGUUGUAAACAACAAAAUUGUGAGAAAAUCACUUGCUUUCUUCCUAUGUCCAAAUAGAGACAAAGUGGUCACCCCUCCAAAAGAUCUAAUCAGCUACGAAAAUUCAAGAACAUACCCAGAUUUCACAUGGCCAAGCCUUCUUGAAUUUACACAGAAACACUACAGAUCUGACACAAAAACACUUGAUGCUUUCUCGAGAUGGCUACUAGAAAAAAACAAUCCGAACAGGGGUGCCCCCACAAAUGUUCCAUGGCCAACAAAAUCUAUAAACUGAGCUUUAACUUGCAUCUGCUUGAAUGAGGAAGAUAUGACAUCAUAUAAAGUGAAAAAGAGGGUGCUUUUGGUGGGUCGACUUGUGAAGAAAAAGAUAACAGAAACAUCAAAAAGGGAAGGGCUAAUCAUCAGUAAUUAGUUGUGGUGUUAGUGUUGGGAGAAUCCUAUAUGGUGCAAAUGGAAGAAGAACUGAGGCCAUAUUCUUUGGAAUAAAGAGAGUUGAUUUGUGUAGUGAAGUUAUUCGAUGUUGUCACUACUUAUGCAUUAUUAGUUGUCUUGAACUAUGUUGUAGUUAUGUGAUAUGCAUGUAUGUAGAACUUUUAAUUAAUUAAUAAUAAACUGCAUUGCAUUUUCUGUCAUCA